GCGAAGGCGGUUGCUUCGUAACAAACCCUUAUUCGGAUAAAAGUUUUCAAUAUUCGUAAAAUUGAAUCUGCACUCGAGUUCUCGUGCAGAAGGUGUGAAGUGUGUUUACUUUAGUGAAGAUCAAGCUCACAGAGGUGAGAAGGAAAGCUCGUACUAUAUAACUUUGUCUGACAAAGAUAACACCAAAGUUCCUUGAGGGUGGGGCGAUAAAGUGUGGAUUAUAAGGUGGGAGAAAGGGCGGUCGGCGCAUGCGUUGCUUGUGUCAACCAAAGACUUCGCGCGGCGGCGACGAUCAGUCUCGCCGGUUUCAAAUCCAGAGCAGAUAUACGUGCAAUUACUCUGUCAAUAGUGGCUUAAAAUUCGUGCAUGCUUCGAUGCAAUUUAAAUAUAUUAUUUUCCCCAGUUUCUUUUAAGAACAAUAUUUAAAUCAAGUCAUUAUUCUUUUUACUUUUCAUUUUUUUCAUUUAUAAUAAAUGUGUCAUAAUUUUUAACAAAUCAAACUUUCACUCGAACUUUAUGAAAGUUUCCAUAUAAACAAUUGGAGUAAAAAAGAGAUUUGAUGAUUGGAAAAGUAAUUUUAAAAAUUUGUGCUAAAUAAAAAGUUAGGAAAAAUUUUCUUUCCCUCUUUUUCACAGUGACGAAAAUUGUGACAUGAUUUUUGAUUGAAAUACUCGUUCAUUAUUUAAAUGAAAUGAUUAUAAGUGCUUCUUUGUAAAUGUGACAGCGAGAAAAAAUGGUUAUUUACUAUGUGAUGGAUAAAUUGUCACGUGAUUUUGUUAUUUAAAUGAUUGUUAACACUGAUGACGUUCAAUUGGUAUUUUGUGCUCAAAGGAGAAUAGUGGAUUUUUCGUGAAGUGAAAUCAUUUUUCUUUUUGAAAACUGAGUAAAGAAAAGUUUUUGGAGUUGAAAAUGACGCACCACCUGUGGCUAAAUCUUGUCUUUAUUUUCGGAGCAAUAAUAGAUGCCAAGAAGUAGAAAACGAACGACGUCGAAGGCAGGUUGGACUACAGAAGUAUUACAAACUGCAAUAGAGUCCAUAGAAAAUGAAGGGAAGUCUGUAAAAAGUGCGGCAGAGAAUUUCAACAUACCAUACAGCACUCUAAAAAAAAGACAUAACUUAUCCAAGGAAAAUGAUUCUACAUAUAAUCGUCCUCCUCAGCUUGGAAGAAAUCCUGUAUUCAAUAAAGAACAGGAAGAGAUACUUGCGAAACAUCUUCUAGAGAUGUCUAAUAUGUUUUUUGGUCUAACAAGAGAUUAAUUAUGUAAGUUAUGCUAUAAUGUAGCUAAAACAUUCGGUCUUGAGGGUAGAUUUAACGUUGAAAAACAGACAGCUGGAAGAGAUUGGUUGUUAGGAUUUCUACGCCGUCACCCCGACCUCAGUAUCAGAAAACCGGAAGCGACUAGUAUUAAUCGUAUUUUGGGUUUUAAUAAGAUUGAAGUGACUCGCUUCUUUCAUAAUCUGGAGUCAGUAAUGACUAAAUUUAAGUUUUAACCACAAAAUAUUUUUAACAUGGAUGAAUCAGGGUUCUCCACUGUUCAUAAUCCAGGAAAAAUAAUAGCACCUAAAGGACAGAAGCGUGUUGGUGCAGUAACUUCAUGGGAAAGAGGCAAAAAUGUGACAGCAAUUUGUGCAAUGAGUGCAACUGGUAUCUUUGUACCUCCACUGUUCAUUUUCCCUCGGCAGCGUCACUCACCUUUUCUAGAACGCGAUGGACCUCCAGGAGCUAUUUACACUUGUUCAAUUAACGGGUGGACGAAUGAACAAAUAUUUAUAACAUGGCUACAACAUUUUAUUAAAUUUACAAAACCUUCUUCCAAAAAUAAGGUUUUGCUAAUAAUGGACAAUCAUAACAGUCAUUCUACGCUGGAAGCUUAUGAUUUAGCUCAGAAGAAUCAUGUAACUUUGUUGACUAUUCCUCCACAUUCAUCGCAUCGUUUACAACCUCUUGAUGUAACUUUCUUUGGACCUUUGAAGACCGCUUAUGACAGAGAGUGCGACUUGUAUUUGAAAUCACGAAAUUUAAUCAAAAUAACUCCUUAUGAAAUAGCUGGACUGUUUAACAAAGCAUAUUCAAGAAUUGCAUCUUUGGACAAGGGAGUGUCUGGUUUUAAGACGACAGGAAUAUUUCCCAUAGAUCCAUCUGUUUUUUCCGAUGAAGACUUUUUUGUGACAGAUGAAACUGAUUCAGAAGUCGUUUCCACUGCAAUGAUAACUAAUGAAUCAAACAACAUUCUCGCUCAACAAAUAAGAGUUUCUGCCAUGUCACAAGAAUUGGAGCAUCCAGAGGCACAGCCAUUGUAGAACUCUCAAACUGAAGUCUUACAGCCUCCAUCUACCAGUUUUUCCAACACUGUGAAUGCAUUGAGUUCACGACCACAGAUAUUCACGAAGCCUACGAAGACCACUAGAAAUAAACAGCAUUCAGAAAUUCUGACUAGUCCACAAAUGAAGGAAAUUUUUAAAGAAAAGAAAAGGAAGCGAAUCGAAAAGGAAAAUAAAGAGAAUAAUAAGAAGAAACAGAAGAAAAUUGAAAAAGAAACAUCGAAAGAUAGUAAUGUAAACACCAGGAAUAAAGUAUCGAAAUCCAAAGUGAAACAGCAGGCAACUGGAAAGCGAGGUGCUAAUCGCUCAUCUAAUAAGUCAUUAAUUGAUAAGAAAGCUAAGUCACCAAAAAGCUUAGAAGAAAAUAAGUGUAUUAUAUGUUUAGAAGUUGGAAAAAACAACGAGUUAUGGUAUCGUUGCAGAAGUUGUGGAAAAUGGGCACAUUCAGAAUGCUCAGGAUGUGACGAUCCCAAGGAUUAUUUUUGUACUUCUUGUUCAAGGCAAUAACAAAUUUUUGUUCUUACAGAAUUUAUUGAUAAAAAAAACUAUUUUUGUUCUUCAUUACUUAAGUAUUUUAUUAAAUGUGAUAUUAUUGCAUAUUCAAAUACUAAGAAACUAUAUUUAUGUUUUAUUGUCUUAACUACGUUAAAAAAUGUGUUAUUAAUGGAUAUUUUAAUACUAAAGAAGCUGACAGUCGUUUUUAUGUGUUAAAUACUUUUUAAAAUGUUCAUCUGUCAAGAACUAUUGAUAAAAUAAAAAAAAUAUUUAAAGAAAAUAGAAAUUAUGUCAUUUUUUUUUAAUUACAAAGAAAGGCUCCGAUUACCCCACAGGUGGGGUAAUGAGAGAAAAUGCAUUUUUUUCAAAAAACAUUUUUUUUACAAAUUUAGUUGUUUUUUUCUUACUUUU